CCUGAAGGCUGGCGAGCUGCUGUCUGGAGCAUGGAGGGCGAGGCGGCCGGGCGAGGUGGCGGCGGGAAGCUGUGAGGCUGGCGAGGGGUUUCCCCAGGACUGCCUCGGGCUCGGAGAGGCGGGAUCCCGCCAGGACGGGGUCCCUGAGGGAGGAGAACGGCACACGACGACCCAGAUUCCUCUCCUGCCGGGCAGGGACCUCAGACUUUUCCUGGCGGGUCGACCCCUUACCGAAAUCCCCCAACUGCCGCCCGCACCCGCCCUUGGCGGCGACCGAGCCACCUCCUGCUGCCGGGAGGCCGCCAGAGCACUGUCCAGGUUACUAUGGAUACCAUGGUGAAGACUACGUCCCUGUCUUGGAGAAACCCACCUUCUGGUAGAGAUAGAGAAAGUGGAGAAGUGCUAAGAAUGCAGUAUGGUGGGUGCAGUAAUUAAGACAUAUCGAGACACAAAAAAAGAGGCGACCCCUGGACCAGCGCGAGGGACCCACCCUCACGAUGACCGAGACCACCAAGACCCACGUAAUCUUGCUUGCCUGCGGCAGCUUCAAUCCCAUCACCAAAGGGCACAUUCAGAUGUUCGAAAGAGCCAGGGAUUAUCUGCACAAAACCGGAAGGUUUAUUGUGAUUGGUGGGAUUGUCUCUCCCGUCCACGACUCCUACGGAAAACAGGGCCUUGUGUCGAGCCGGCACCGCCUCAUCAUGUGUCAGCUGGCCGUCCAGAACUCCGACUGGAUCAGGGUGGACCCAUGGGAGUGCUAUCAGGACACCUGGCAGACCACGUGCAGCGUGCUGGAGCACCAUCGGGACCUCAUGAAGCGGGUGACUGGCUGCAUCCUCUCCAAUGUCAACACGCCCUCCAUGACGCCUGUGGUCGGACAGCCCCAAAAUGAGACCCCCCAGCCCAUUUACCAGAACAGCAAUGUGUCCAGCAAGCCCACUGCAGCCAAGAUCUUGGGGAAGGUGGGAGAAAGCCUAAGCCGGAUCUGCUGUGUCCGCCCACCGGUGGAGCGCUUCACCUUUGUGGAUGAGAACGCCAAUCUGGGCACGGUGAUGAGGUACGAGGAGAUCGAGCUGCGGAUCUUGCUGCUGUGUGGCAGUGACCUGCUGGAAUCCUUCUGCAUCCCCGGGCUCUGGAAUGAGGCGGAUAUGGAGGUGAUCGUCGGGGACUUUGGGAUUGUGGUGGUGCCCCGGGACGCAGCUGACACAGACCGAAUUAUGAAUCACUCCUCAAUACUCCGCAAAUACAAAAAUAACAUUAUGGUGGUGAAGGAUGACAUCAACCAUCCCAUGUCUGUUGUCAGCUCAACCAAGAGCAGGCUGGCCCUGCAGCAUGGGGACGGCCACGUGGUGGAUUACCUGUCCCAGCCAGUCAUCGACUACAUUCUCAAGAGCCAGCUCUACAUCAACGCCUCGGGCUAGCAGCCACACGGCCGCACGCUCCACUCUGCCCUCGUCCUCCGCCAACACACUGGCCCCUCCAGGCUCUGUCAGUCCCCCCGUUUUUCUCCUGCCUCUCUGUUUCUCCAUCUCCUCAUCUUGACUGUUCUCCCCACUUGCUGACUCAACCCUCCACAGUGUGGGGGACCUGCAGAGAACCACAGCAUACCCUCUUCGGCAGUCAUCUUUGGACAGACUUUCCUCUAGUCUCUGGGUUGGGGGUGGGUGAGGGAACAGGGGUGGGAGUUGGGGGAAGCGCAGUCCCUGGAGACGUGCUGGUGUCUGUCUCCCAGCAUGCUCUAGAGAGCGGCUCCGGGGCCCGUCCUCCCAGCAUGCUCUGGGGAGGCGGCUCUGGCUCUCGCCUUCCCAGCAUGCCCUUUACCACGAAGGGCUAUUUUUUCCUUUCUUUUCUUCUCUUUCUUCUCUUGUUUUUUGUUUUUCUGUUUUGUUUUGUUGUUGUUGUUGUUCUUCACUCCUCAUAGAAUUUGGAUGAAACCUGUGUCUGUGGUUCUUUAUGUUUGUAGUCUU